GGAUCCGAAAAGACCGCAGAGGCGGGCGUAUGCUGAAACACAAACGUCAAAGAGAGGAGCAGGAUGCCAAGAAUGGUGGGACUUCUUCUACUGAGAUGAGAACCCCUACCCUCUGGACAAGUCCUCUUGUGAUUAAGCAUAGCAAGAAGAACAGUCCAGCUUUGUCCCUUACAGCAGAGCAGAUGGUUAGUGCCUUGCUGGAAGCUGAACCACCCAUAGUCUAUUCAGAGUAUGAUCCUAACAGACCUUUCAGUGAAGCCUCCAUGAUGACCCUGUUGACCAACCUUGCAGACAGGGAACUGGUGCACAUGAUCAACUGGGCAAAAAGGGUCCCAGGGUUUGUGGAUUUAACACUCCAUGAUCAGGUACAUCUACUGGAAUGUGCCUGGUUAGAGAUACUGAUGAUUGGCUUAAUCUGGCGUUCAAUGGAACAUCCAGGAAAACUCUUAUUUGCACCUAAUCUAUUACUGGACAGGAAUCAAGGGAAGUGCGUAGAGGGCAUGGUGGAGAUCUUUGACAUGCUGCUGGCCACUGCUGCUCGGUUCCGUGUGAUGAAUCUCCAGGGGGAGGAAUUUGUGUGCCUUAAGUCAAUCAUCUUGCUUAAUUCAGGUGUGUAUACAUUUCUUUCCAGCACCUUGAAAUCUUUGGAAGAGAAGGAGCAUAUUCAUCGUGUUCUGGAUAAAAUCACAGAUACGUUGAUUCAUUUAAUGGCCAAGUCAGGUCUCUCUCCAGAUCAGCAACACAGACGACUGGCUCAGCUCCUCCUCAUACUCUCCCACAUCAGGCACAUGAGCAAUAAAGGGAUGGAGCACCUAUACAACAUGAAGUGCAAAAAUGUAGUCCCUCUUUAUGAUUUAUUGCUGGAAAUGCUAGAUGCUCACCGAUUGCACGCCCCAGCUGCCAAAAAUGCUUCCCAGAUGGAAGAAGAGAAUCGGAGCCAGCUGACAACUGCAUCAACUUCAUCACAUUCCUUGCAAUCCUUUUAUGUAAACAGGGAAGAUGAGAAUUUGCAAAAUACAGUAUGAGGGUUCACAUGUUAAAAAAGCCUAUAAGGUUCUGAGAAUCCCAACAGCAUACUACCUAGUUCAUACAUCACUUUAGCUAAAUUGCCACACGUGUAAACACUCCAAUAGGCACCAGUGAUUUCCAGUCUGAGUGUUCAUUGAUCACUUGCUAAAAUCCUUAAUGGAAGAGGUUUUGUUAUUACAGAUGGCCUGCAAGGAUGGUAGGCCAACUUAAUUUGAACUGGCUCUUAUUUACCGCAUGCAUUAAUUAGGGUGGGGAUUCCUGUAGCCUUUGUCAGGCCAAGAUUUUGGGCUUUGUUGACCAUUUGCUGGGAAUCAUUUGAGCCUGGGCCCGAGCUGAGUUUGAAUAAUUGAUGUUUCCACUGAAAGGUUGAGUGGCUCCAGGAUGAGCCACAAGGAAGCCCCACUAAAGACUAGUUACACAACUCAGAUCUUGGUAGAUUCCAGCCUGUCAUAUUCGCACUGUGACAAAGUACUCCUUUCUGAAAGUAAUAUUGUUUUAAAAUUCCCCUUACUGGCUGACAUCAGCAGAUGCUUCCCCCUUCAAGAAUACAUAGAAUUUAUAUCCAGUUGCAGGUAUAUCAUCCAAUGGCCAUACUGGAUUGAAUCCACUCAAUCUUCUCUGAUCUCAGUCCUGGGGUGGGUAGUACGUUGAUGGGAAGCCAGCUGGGAAAUAUGUGCCUUUCUGUGGAUGUGGUGCCAUUGCCUUUAAUAUUAAUAAGUGUUGUCAAACUCUAUUGAACUCACCCAUCCAUUUAUUUUGAGGAAGCUUUAUGACUUGUGUUAUACAGGAGGUCAGACUAGAUGAUCACAAUGAUCCCUUUGGGCCUUGGAAUCAUGAAUGUAUGUAAUUCCCACUGAUAUUAAUAGGAGUUUAAACCACUUACGAAGGGCAUCUAAUAAAGGGGAAGAUAAACUUUAAUCUUCCCUGUACUGAGUACCAUUAAAAAUUAGGUAUUUACCAGCCUGUCUAGUUCAGUUGAUUGCAGUAUCUCACAUUCUAAUUAAACAUUGCAAUAGAUGAUCAUUUCUAAAGGUCCCCACUGCAACAAAAGUAGAACUCCUUGUAUGCUGAUAAACAACUCGCAGUAGGGAAGAACAGACAGAGAGAGGGACAGUACAAGUUUACGCUGCAAGCCAAAGGCCUAAUAUAUCCUCAGGCAUGUGCAUCUUGACUUCAGUGGAAGUUGGGGGGGGGGGAAGGGCGGGAGGAGAUAUAUAUCAGAACACAGACUUUAGUUCUAAAUCUGCAGGUAACUACUAGCUGCAUGUGUUGUAUUUUUUCAGACUCUCUAGGAAGCUGGUGAGCUCUCAACUUGUGAAGCACUUUCAUCUCAUCUUAAUUUAACAACCCUCUUGCUAAUGCAGAUCACUAGUUUCAUUUCCAGUAGCCUCAUUUUUUUGUGAUUAUGAUAAAGCACUUGUCUUUGUGCUUAUGCAGAGAAAGCAUUGGUCUUUCUUUGCAAUUCAUUACCCAAAGGCCACUGAGGGCUCCUAAGUGCCUUGUCCAAAAUGUACACAUUUUUAUUUUCAUUUUGUAGCAAUUUUUUUUUGUUGUUGAGAAAAUCUUGGUGUACUGCAUAUUAUGGACAUAAAUAAGCAGAGGUGAAGAUCUGAAUGGGCCAUAGGAAUCUUAUACCUAAGUUUAAAAGACAAAUGUCACCCAAUUGUAGCCCAGAGUUGCCCAUCAAAUAUAGUGUGUUAACAACUUCCAUGUUCUUUGUAAUAAACUAGACAGAGCUUCUCUAAACUUCACAUUAUCUAAAUUAACGGCUCCUUCCUUGGUUCUCCCAACAAAUAAGCACAUUGGAUCAAAUUAAUCCUUAGAUGAAUUUAAAUAAAUGAAUUUGGGCCAUGACUGGCAACUGGAAACAGAGGGCUGGAUUCUGAUACUUUAGCCGUGGUGAGUAGCACCCUCAGCGGCAAAUUGUCCCACUGAAGUCAAUGAGCCUGCAUAUAGAAUAAAGUGCUACCCAACAUAAGGAAGGGUACCAAAACAUGGCCCAGACUAUUAAAAACGAUUUGGCAAAGAGGGGUGCACAUCAGCAACUUGGGAUUCUUUGUUAGCCUUGGCCUUUGCAAUAAGACCUCAUUUAGUUCAAAUGUACAUUGUAACAAAAGUAGUGGGAGCACAGGAGAGAAAAAUAAUGAUUUCCUACAAUACAUACUUUUAACUCGGAGGCAGUGUCUGUGAUUGACAUCAUUAACUUGUUCAAAACUUAAUUUUUUCUUUAAAAAGCACCUUAAAUAAUGUUAUAUAUAAAAGAUGCAUUGCUUACAUAUCAGACAAUUGAAUGUAGCCAUUCAGUAAACCCAGUUGACAAAGUCUAUAAUACAUAAAACAAAAUAUGUUUUCAUAUGCUUUUGAGGUACCAUAUUACAUACGUAGUUAUUUGUGCCUGAGGCUAACUGAUUGUUAGCUUAUAUGAUGAUUAUAUUUCAUAUAUACUUCUAUAUUUGCAGUAGAUAAGCCAGCACUAACUGCGAUACCUAGUGCUGGAUAUGAAAAAGAAAAAUAAUAUCCUGUAGUGACUACAUUUGAGAAGGAAAAAUAUUCAGGGAAGCUAAUUAUGCUUUUACCAAACAAUAGUAGAGCAGAUGAACUUGCUUUGCAUAGCAAACCUGUUGCCAUUCAAAUAACAAUCAUUUUAAGAAGUUCAGGGCACAUGUGAAAGUAGUAAUGUGAACUUGCAGACUGUCUCAGGUAAAACUCCUAUGAAAGACAACAGGAGUGGUUCUGAAGUAAAAAUCAAACAAACAAACAAACAAAACAGGAGCAAUUUCUUGGUGUUUGUGGUGACUUUCCUGACUUUUCCUUCUUGUACAUUUAAGAGAUUGGUGGAUUAGAAAACGUGUCAUUAAGGAAGAAAGAACGAAUAGCUUACAUUUCUACUGAUAAUGCAAGGUCAGUAUGUUUUGCAGUGGAAGCAGUAGGUCUCAUACUAGAGUCAUGAUCUAUUUCAAUAAUUGAUUACCGCUAUUUUAAUUCUUAAAGAGUUGUGCCAAAAAUGAAACCAAACAUCUAAGAAUUAGAACUGUUUCCACCAAAAUCCUGCCUCACUGAAGUCAAUCUAACCACAGACUUAAAUGGGAACAAGAUAAGUCCCUGUUC